AUGCCUGAAUUUGAGGUGAGGAGCUUUGAUUUUAACGCCAGCCGUCCGGUCAUGAUUGAUUGGGUGAUUACAAACGUUUCACAAGAAGACUGUGAAUGCGAGGGCUCCAUCGGCGGUCAGCCUGCACCGCCUGCAGAAGUGCCGAAAGUAGGCCCAGAAGACUUUCCCAACGUAGUUACUGCUUCAGCCAACAUUCUCGCCGGCGAUCUCAUUACCCGUCUCGUUGUCAAAACCACUGACGGCCACAGUGGCGGUGGGUGGUCGCUUAACGUCAGAGGGGCACUCGACCUGACUAAAGGAAUGCUGGGGUACUCCUCUUGGGACGAAUUGGAGUCAGACACGAAUACAUACGUCAUCGCCGACGGUGAUGACACUGUUACGAUUACCUUCCUUGUCCAUGGCUCCCCUAAGGCUGCCUUCUCUUCUGGUGGGACUGGCAAGAGUGUGCUCGCGGGCUACGGCCAAUUCGCCUGGGAAUGAUAGUACUGCUCAAGAAUAUAGAAUAGUUUUCUGAAUUCAUCACGUCAAUCCUGACUCGCGGUGGUUGGAAUAAUAAUACAUAUUCUGUUCCCUCUGUUAUUGGUGAAGUCCUAGCAAAACCACUGCGAAGUUA